AUGGCCUUGAAGUUCAUAGCAGUAACGUGCCUGACCGCUUUAUCAUUGACCAACGCGUCUGAUAUUAUAAUCAAUAGUUACCGCAUGGACCCGGAAACUGAUCCCAAGUUCUUCGACCCAGGUACCCUAAGAAUCACGAAAAAAUCGCGAAAUAUGUUGGUAGUGUCUGGAAGCUAUCAAUCAUUCGAGAACCUUGGUGACGAUUAUCAGUUUAUGUACUGCUUGAAACUCAAAAGUCCCGUUACGGGCAACUAUCGCAUAGUUUUGCAACGACAGAUGCCCGUCUGCGAGUUUAUGGAUACGGACACGAACAUAUUACCAAAGUUGAGAGAGGUUUCCAAUAUCUCCAAACAAGGGGAGUGUCCUGUCCCCAGAGCGAACUACACCAUUCAAAACUUCAAAGUUGCACUUCCGGAAACCUUACCUUUGUCUCCAGGGGACUAUCUGGUCGUUGGACAGUUCAUAAAGGAUGGAGUUAUGCGGAUGGGGCUGGAAUGGGACUUUACAGUACUGCCGUAA